AUGCUUGAAGAGCAGAGCAGUGGCACUGGCGACAUCUUCAGGGUCCUUGAGUACGGCGACACCCUCAACUAUGAUCCCUACAUCUUCUGGUGGAUCAGCGGCAUUGGCCCCCUCAUGUUUGAUUACAUCGAGCCCCAUGGUGGCCUUCUCCAUCUGGCUCUGGGCAUCUUGAAAGACCCUGUUAUACUGUUAUAUACCUGUUGGAGUGCAGGUGUGUGUGUCUCUGCCCAGUCAACCCUCCUGAACAGCAUUGUGGGAGAAACGGUCACAUUCCCAACUGCAGUGAAGGAAUUUGGCUUCAUAUGGAAAGGUGACCUUGAGAUUGCGAUAGUGACCCAUAGCGUCUACCAUGUGACCAACUCCAGCUAUGGGAAGCGACUGCAGUGGGACAGCAGCUCUGGGCUCUUCUCCAUCACAGGCCUGAGGAGACAAGACGCCGGGGACUACAGGGUGCUGGAAAGGCAUAGAGUCUCCAAACACUACCAGCUGGCAGUGUGGGACCCAGUACCCAGACCUCAGGUGUCCAGCAGGAGCAGGGUGAAACCCAGCUGCAGUGUGCUGUGCUCUGUGGAGAAUGGGAGAGAGCUCACCCUGUCCUGGCACAGAGAGGGGCGGAUACUGUCCUACACCAGCAGCCCCAAUCUCAGCACCCCCCUGUCCCUCCGUCUGGAAAUAGAAGGGAACAGCGCCCCCUACAGCUGCGUGGCUGAAAACCCAGCAAGGAAGGAGAUAUUCCUAGUCAAACCUGAAGAGUACUGCUAUGGAUCUGUGUGGAAGCCUCAUAUAAAGACCUCAGCAUCACAAGGGGGCAGGAGCUGCUCACUGCAGUGCUCUGUGCAGAACGGAAGAGAGCUCAUCCUGUCCUGGAGGACAGAGGGGGAGACACUGUCCCACACCAGAGACCCCAAUCUCAGCACCCUGUCCCUCACUCUGGAGAUAGAGGCGUCCAACUCCACCUACACCUGUGUGGCUACAAACCCCGUCAAUGAGGAGAGAACAGCCUUCCUCCCCACACAGGUCUGCGGGCAAGAGGGUCACCGUCCCCAUGAUGCAGUGCUGUAUGUAAUGUUUGUGUUGAGGCUGGUGGAGUUUGUGUUGGUGACUGUGGCAGUGGUUGUGUUACUCCAUCUGUAUCAUAAAGUUCUCACUCAAAACAGCACAGAAAGAAGAGGUCGGAGAAGAUAUCAGGAGGCAGAUACAGCGCUGUAGAUUCACACUCACACACCCACACACACACACACACACACACACACACACACACACACACACACACACACCCACACACACACACACACACACACACACACACACACA